CCUGCAACAACAGCUUUUUGCUUAAAAAAAAUUGAGGUAUUUAUCAUUGUUAAUGGUCCUCAAUGGUAGAAUAAAUUGUAUUUCAAGGACAUCUUCAGCUAACAUCUGCACCAAACUGAGGGCAAAAGAACACAUCACAUGGAGGGGUACUUCAAGACUGGUGGUGACCUGCCUAUCAUCUGCACACUGAUGCCUGUUGAACAGGAAGGUGUCAAAUUAGCAAGUGAGCUAUACGGAUGAAAAGGCAGAAUCCCACGGCAUUAAAGUGAGGAUGCCCCCAGUCUGGUGUGGAGAACUGGGCAUACAGAAGAUACACAUGGCCUAUUGAUGGGAAUAUGGAUUGUGCACAACUUUAACCUAGCAGUCGAAGGAGGUAACUUGGAGAAUGCAGAUGGAGUGCUGAAACUUGCUGAGAGCUGGAAAUUGUGCCUUGUACACACGAGUCAUUUGUAUAUAUUCAAGAAAAGCAAUGGAUUGAAUGCUGACCUUUAGCAGGAGCAAGGUGGAACAGAGGGGAGAGAUUCCUAAGGCAUGUCUUUAAGUUUGGACGUAGUUUUCUGAUAGUGUAGGAUUGAGUUGAUCCACCUAUUCACUGUGACAACAUGGAGGUUGAUUCUAAGAAAUCUUCUGGUGAUUCCGUGAGACUUAAGAAGGAUAUCUCCUUGUUGCAUGGCAUUUGCCUGAUUGUUGGAAACAUGAUUGGAUCUGGCAUCUUUGUUUCUCCCAAAGGAGUUCUAAUAUUCAGUGGUUCCUAUGGCCUUUCAUUGAUUAUCUGGGCAUUGGGAGGAGUAUUUUCUGUCUUUGGAGCACUCUGCUAUGCAGAACUUGGAACAACUAUAAAGAAAUCUGGAGCAAGCUAUGCCUACAUACUGGAAUCGUUUGGGGGUUUCCUGGCAUUUCUGCGUCUCUGGACAUCUCUAUUAAUUGUUGAGCCAGCAUGCCAAGCUGUCAUUGCCAUCACAUUUGCCAAUUAUCUGAUUCAGCCCUUUUUUCCAACUUGUGAUCCACCUUAUUCUGCUGUGCGAUUGUUGGCUGCCUUUUGCAUAGGUAUGCUGACAUUGGUGAACUGUGCCAAGGUGAAGUGGGGAGCUACACUGCAGGUGGUGUCCACCUUUGCUAAAGUGGUUGCCUUGAUCAUCAUCAUCAUAGCUGGGUUCGUGCAGCUUUGUCAAGGAGAAACGGAUAAGUUUCAAGAUUCCUUUCAAGGCUCCAAAUUAAACGGUGGUGAGAUGGCUCUAGCUCUGUAUUCAGCACUAUAUUCUUAUUCCGGCUGGGACACUCUUAACUUUGUGACUGAAGAGAUUCAAAACCCUGAGAGGAAUCUACCCUUAGCUAUUGCCAUUUCUAUGCCUCUUGUAACCGGUAUCUACAUCCUAACAAAUGUGGCUUAUUAUGCUGUUCUGGAUAUUCCCACCAUCCUCCACAGUGAUGCUGUGGCUGUGACGUUUGCAGACCAAGUUCUGGGUUAUGUAAAGUGGCUCAUACCACUGUCAGUGGCAAUUUCCUGUUAUGGUGGCCUCAAUUCAUCCAUCAUCGCAUCCUCCAGGCUUUACUUUGUCGCUUCACGUGAAGGCCAUCUACCCAGUGUUCUGUGUAUGAUCCAUGUUCUAAGGUAUACCCCGAUUCCAGCCCUGUGUUUUAAUGGAGGGAUGGCUUUAAUCUUUCUCUGCGUGGAAGAUAUUUACAACCUUAUUAAUUACUUCAGUUUUAACUAUUGGCUCUUUAUUGGCCUAUCAGUUGCAAGUCAGAUUUAUCUGAGGUGGAAAUUCCCUGAUCUGCCAAGACCUGUAAAGCUCAGCUUGUUUUUUCCCAUUGUGUACUGCUUGUGCAGCUUGUUUCUCGUGCUGAUGCCCCUCUACAGUGAUACCAUUAAUUCCCUAAUUGGGAUUGCAGUCGCACUCUCAGGAGCUCCAGUUUACUUUUUCUGCGUAUACCUCCCCAUUGAGAAACGACCCAUGUGCCUUGAAAAACUAUUACGUAUCUUCUCUUUGCAAGUUCAGAAAUUGACAAUGUGCUGUCUAACUGAAAAUGAGCUUAGAGAUGCCAAGGAAUCUUAACCAAAAUCUACUGGAAACUUCCACAUACAUGGUACCAGACAUGGUUUGUGCAGAUGCCCAAUCCUUCUGUUGUUAAACCAAUGUGACACAUCACUUGAAUCUAGCAUACUUUAAACUUGACAAUCAAAAUGCUACAUCUCAUGAUUGGACUAUUUCUCUUGUAUUAAUUAUUUUGGAAGACUGCUUUUUCCCCUUUUUGUAUAAGUAAAUAACAGACUUAUUAUAAACAUUGGUGCUUUCAUUUUGAACCGUGCAUUUUCUCCUGCAAUGGAGUCUAUUGACUUUGGUCACUUGCUGGUGGGUUUAAUGAUAAUGUAAGUCCUCGACUAGUAUGAAAGCUAUUUGGAACCAUGCAGUGGUGGAAAGCCACAGUAAAACUGGGAAUACUGAUUCAUUGGUCUGCAGCAUUGUCUAAUAGAAGCAGAAAACUCAAGAUUACUUCCCCUUCCUUCCUAAAAUUUCACCCCUUGAUUUUUGAGAUGGGGUUACUCUUUCCCCAUAUCAGGACACUCUCCAUAACUCACAUUAACAGACUGACCCAGUUGCCAUUUAAAAUGAUUUGCAUUGAAUGGUAUCUUAUUAAAAUAUAAAAUGAAGAAUACCUGUUACAAUUUUCCUUACUUGUUUUAACAAAUGAGCCUGUCAUUCAUAAAAUCCUGAAUCUAUUCAAUCUGGAGUGGGCUUAUCCAGAAUAUUGACACUGCCUAGUUCUCAAUACAUAUUCUGGAAAAUUUUGUUUCAAUAAUUACUUGUCUUAGAAGAAGCUUCAGCAGAUUAGCAUAGAAAAAUGCUAUAAAACACGAAGCAGAAGAAAAUUCAAUUAAAAUAAGUAAGGGAAAAGGUUCAAAGCACAGAGCACCAGAUUUGCACAAAUUUGUCCAGUCAAUACAUUCCAGUAAAGAAGGGGAUUAUGUGGAUCAAUCGAGGGUAGUCAGUUAGAAGGAGAGGAGAAAUGUUUACAAUGAGAAAAUGCAGUUUUUACGUAAACUUAAAUAUUUUUAAAUUGCAACUCAUCAAAUGAUAUUCAGUGGCUGAUCCUGUCCUAACCCAGUGCCUACACAGUUGCAUGUUCAGCAGGAGUCACAGGAGGUUGAUCAGGACAAAGAGACUUGGUGGUCAUUCCCUUUCCUUGGCACCAGGGCAACUGGGAUACGUCACUGUUACAACCCUUCUGAAAUCAACUAAUUCAGCACUGUGACUGAACCUAUUAUUAUAAGAUAAUCAAAAACAGGGAAAAGUAUUCAUAACAUCCUGUUGCAAAAUUGGUAGGACCUAUAUUUCUGUAGGACCUAAAAUAUUUUUGCUAAUUACAGUUGGGUUUAUGCGUCUGUCAGGAGUGUUACAAUGGCAGGGCUCAAGAUCAUAAACACUGGGGAAAUGUACAACACUACUACAUCUGAAAUAAGGGGUGUUUUAAAAGAGAAGUUCUCCUGUGCCAUUGCUCAACAAUAUUUCAGCAUUUAAACAGUUUACAGAUCUAUUUGUAUCUAUUAUGUAACAGGCCGAAAUCUUAUGAGCUGCAGUAGGGUACUGUCACUUGUAAUGAAUUGUUCUGUUAUUUCAAGAUCUGUGCAUUAAGAGCUUUCGGACCAAAUGCACUAUUCAUUUUGUGUGUGUUCAGGUCACAAUUCUACAACUCUUCCCGUACAAUAGAGCCACUCCUCAUAUCCAAUUCCUUACUCUGUGAUCAAUCUGUGUUACAACCUCCUGACCACCAGCUCCCUCCAAUCUACUUCAGUCUAGUUUUGAUGCAAGUUGAUUUACUGAUCUUGUGACACAAAUUGGUUCUUCUUUUGUAUGCCUUGGUCAAGUUUAUUCUUGAUUUCAUUUACCAGGACUGGUAAUACAUUGUUUAAAUAUGUAUUUUCUGUUAAUCCAGUGGGAGGUGAUUUUGAUUUGUCAUCCCAUCAACCCCCAUCCUCAUAAAUGUGUGUAAGCGGGGACAUUCAGUUUGAAUUCACUCUAUUAAUGCCUGAUUUGCAAAUUUAUUUUCUGGUGUCUUGAGCUAUUUUGACACUGUCCCACAUUAGGCUGGGUAUAUUAUGUGAUCCAUAAACUGAAUGCUUCAGACUGUUCACUAUUUGAGUCAUGAGGUAGCGGUAGAGAUUCUCUUUUUGUUUACAGGUAACUCUUCAAAUACACAUGGUUUCUAUUUUCUAUAUCUGUACCUUUAAGUAUCAAGUGUGAAGCAAUAGUGCUGAUGCUUUUUGUAUUGUAACGCAUUUAUUUUACUAAAAUUGUUUCCGAUUCGAGGGAAGCCAGACAAGAAUAUUAUUGGUUGUUAACAAGUUUAAGAAUUUACUGCUAGUUUUUGCUAUGUAAUUGUAUUUUCAUAUUGGUUUAUCUGAUUGCAGAUGAUUGCAAUGUCUUUUUGUCACUACACAGUGCAAUGACUUUUUUAGAUGUGUACAAAUAGUAAUAAAAGAUUGUAACAACA